GGUGCCAACAGGGCAGGGGUGGGGCUGGGGGGGAGAAUGAGGGUUUUUAAAGGCUCCCCGAGGAGGCUUCUCAGCUCCAAGCUCACCGUCUGCUGCUCCUGGACACCUGUUACCAUGUGGUUCCUGAUCCUGUUCCUUGCCCUGUCCCUAGGAGGAAUUGAUGCUGUACCUCCCAUGCAGUCUCGGAUUGUCGGAGGAUUUAACUGUGAGAAGAAUUCCCAACCCUGGCAUGUGGCUGUGUACCGCUACACCAAGUAUCAAUGCGGGGGUGUCCUGAUUGACCCCAGCUGGGUUCUCACCGCUGCCCACUGCUAUAACGACAAGUACCAGGUUUGGCUGGGCAAAAACAACCUAUAUGAGCAUGAGCCCCUUGCUCAGCACCGGCUUGUCAGCCAAAGCUUCCCUCACCCUGACUUCAACAUGACCCUCAUGAAGAACCACACCCGACAACCUGGGGACGACUACAGCAAUGACCUGAUGAUGCUCCACCUCAGCAAGCCUGCUGAACUCACAGAUGUUGUGAAGGUCAUUGACCUGCCCAAUGAGGAACCAACGGUGGGGAGCACCUGCCUUGCCUCAGGCUGGGGCAGCACUGCACCCAUCAAGUAUGAAUACCCAGAUGAUCUCCAGUGUGUGUACAUUGAGCUCCUGUCUAAUGAGAUAUGUGCCAAAGCCCACCCAGAGAAGGUGACAGAUGUCAUGCUGUGUGCAGGAGAAAUGGCUGGAGGCAAAGACACUUGUGCGGGUGACUCCGGAGGCCCACUGAUCUGUGACGGUGUUCUCCAGGGUCUCACAUCAUGGGGCCUCUCUCCAUGCGCUGAACCCGAUAAGCCGGCCAUCUACACCAAACUUAUCAAGUUCAAAUCCUGGAUAAAGGACAUUAUGGAGAAAAACCCCUGAGUGUCACACUGUCCCCUGCUCUCAAUAAAACCAAUCAUGCAGCAAAUGA